GCACCUCUGGUCACACGCCACUUCGAAGCCUUUCCAUGUGCUUCGUUCGAGUUAUUAUUUUGGGCAGAGAGAGAGAGAGAAAGAAGAGAGAUUUGAAUUGAGUGGUAUUCCAACGUCGAAAGCAGAGAGGAGAAACAAUAAGGUUUCUCCUAAAGUGCUCUGUUUUGUUUUCUCUCUCUGUCUAUAUGUGACUCCGCCCUCAACACUCUGACCUGUGGUGUCCCUCAUGUGACAAUUCGGGAGCUGCAAGGUUUCGGUCUUGGGUUGGAAUAUUGGGAGAACCCCUCCUUCGAAAAAUCAAGUGACUCCUCUUCGUAUUUUUUCUUUUCUCUGUGUUUUGGAAAAGAAAAAAAAAGGUUGUUUUUUUCGGUGGCCAAGUUCGGGUGAUAAACAUGCGGGGUUAAGAUUUCUAUUGGGAUAUGGCGGCUGUAGUUGCGUCCAUCAUCUUACAUUGGAAAGCCACUACUACAUGCCCACCAAAUACUGUUACUCGGGUGUGUUGCUGUAAAGCUCUGUUCGUCGAGUAAAAUAUGCCAAAAUGAAUCAGUGGAUACAGGACAUCGAUUUGAGAGCUUGUGGAAAACGAAGAAGCUCGUUGAUUGGAGAAGUUGGUUUAAUGGCUAAAGUUUGUUGGCCAUAUUUUGAUCCUGAGUAUGAGAACUUCAGCAAUAGAAUGAACCCUCCAAGGGUCUCUGUGGACAAUGCUAGUUGCCAUGAUUGUACACUGAUUAAGAUUGAUAGUGUUAACAAACCUGGAAUUCUGCUGGAAGUUGUGCAAAUCUUGACAGACCUUGACUUCGUAAUUACCAAAGCUUACAUAUCUUCUGAUGGGGGUUGGUUUAUGGAUGUAUUUCAUGUCACGGACCAGCAAGGAAAAAAGAUAACAGAUAGCAAAACCAUCGACCUCAUUGAAAAGGCUCUAGGACCAAAGAGCAAGAGCACAGAAGGGGUGAAAAAUUGGCCGAGCAAACACGUUGGAGUGCAUUCUGUUGGUGAUUAUACAGCCAUUGAGCUAAUUGGCAGAGACCGCCCAGGUCUCUUGUCUGAGAUUUCGGCUGUUCUUGCCAACCUCCAUUUUAAUGUUUUUGCAGCAGAAGUUUGGACUCAUAACAGGCGAAUUGCUUGCGUUCUUUAUGUCAAUGAUGCAACAAACCAAGUUGCGGAUGAUCCAAAAAGAUUAUCUCUUAUGGAGGAGCAGCUCAACAACAUCUUACGUGGAUGUGAUGGUGAGAAAGUAGCCAGGACCAGUUUCUCCAUGGGUUCCACCCAUAUGGAUCGGCGGCUUCACCAAAUGUUGUUCGCUGAUCGGGAUUAUGAAAGUUAUGCAGUAGCAAGAGAAGUUGAUAGUCCUCCCUCUUUAAGGCCAAGAAUCACAAUAGAACGUUGUGAGGAAAAAGGGUACUCAGUGGUCAGUGUCAAGUGCAAAGAUAGGGCAAAACUCAUGUUUGACAUUGUUUGCACUCUUACUGAUAUGCAAUAUGUUGUUUUCCAUGCCACAGUAUCAUCAGAUGGCCCUUAUGCAUUGCAGGAGUAUUUUAUUCGACAUAUGGAUGGAUGCACGCUUGAUACACAAGGAGAAAAAGAAAGGGUCAUCCAAUGCAUUGAAGCUGCUAUUCGAAGAAGAGUAAGCGAGGGUGUGAGCCUUGAGCUGUGUGCAAAGGAUAGAGUGGGGUUGCUGUCAGAAGUAACAAGGAUUCUACGAGAGAAUGGGUUGUCAGUGUGUAGGGCAGGUGUAUCAACAAGAGGGGAGCAAGCACUGAAUGUGUUCUACGUGAGGGAUGCAUCAGGGAACCCUGUGGACAUGAAAACUAUGGAAGCACUUUGUAAAGAAAUAGGUAAAACAAUGAUGGUGGAUGUCAAGAGAGUGCCAAGCAAUACCAAAGCACCUGAGACUCGAGGAUGGGCUAAAACUAGUUUCUUCUUUGGUAACUUGUUGGAAAGGUUCUUGACCUAAUAAUAAUCAUGCAUAGUAAAAGGCACAUGAUUAUGUACAGAAGAAUAAAGUUGUUUGUGUCUCAACUCUCAAACAUGGACUUUGACUUAUUAAUUGUUAGUAUCAGAACAAUGCUUCACAAAUAUUACGACCUUCCACACUUCCCCAUCUUUCA